ACUAAAAAGUUUCCUCCGGAUCAAGUACCCCACAAGCACAAAAGGUUAGAUAGAAUUAACGGAGCUCACUCCUCUAGCUUCUCCAUCCUUAGCCACACGAUUAACAAGGCUACCACUCUGAUGCUUCUAUUCAGUUACUUUGUUGCAAGGCUUGUUCUUAUUACUUACAUAACUUGGCACACAGCUAAGCUACCACAGAAUUUCCGGACCCUUGUCGUGUCAUUUAGAUUUGAGGUCAUAUGACGACAAAACAUCAUUUUGUCAUAUGCACUUUGAUGAGCCAACAGGUGGAGAUGAGUACUUUGGUUCCGGCCAUGGCGCCUGCCACGCCGCAAGCGCGGCAGCAAGAGGAGCUCCAGUUCUUGAAGGACAGGCGGUACGCCUUCCACGGUGAGAUCAUGAUGAUCGCUCUCUUCGCGGUCUUCUCCGUCUUCAUUUGCUUUGUCACGGUGUUUCCCUGCGUUAGGAGAUUGAGGAAACAGGCUGGAAACGGCGAGGACAGUAGUCAUGAUGCUACGGAAGUUUCGCCGCGGAGCAAUAAUGAUGACACCGCUACAAAGUUCCCGUCUCAGCUGUAGGAAAGAAAAGCAUUUUGAUCGAUGAGUUUUCUUAAUUUGGCCAAAGUACUUGCUAUUGGCUUUGCUGGUAAGUUCCGAUGCGUGAGAAUUGGUUUGAGUGCUACUUUAAUUUGUAUACCAACUCUUUGGUCUUGUAUAUCUCUUGCCUGUGGCUAUGAGCUGAGUCCCAUCCUCGGAUCAUUAUCUAUGCGUUUCCAAAUCCUAAUCCUGAGCAUAGACUAGAUGCUGCAGACUUUGAUUGUGUUAUGUUCAAAACUUCGUCUUCAAGCAAAAUAAGAAGAAAGGUCUCUGGUAUUACAUCCUCUGUAUGAGACUACUUGUUAUGUCUCGGAGACGUUGCAUGACGAAAUCGUUUCCUUUGUCUUGUUUUCUGUCAUUCGUUGGAAUAGUUUUCCGACAGCGAAAAAUGGUUCUUGAACGAUGAACCGACCAUGAUUGUAAACCA